GUUGCGUACAUGAAUAUAUGCCGCUGUAUAAAAAAUAUAGCCAAUCAUAGCGAAUAUACAAUGGAAUUUAUUUUAAAUAUUUCAAUCUUAUUUACGCGGUUCUUUUACCUGUAACAAUAGUAGACAUUAGCAAGAAAUUUAAAAAUGACGCGAGAUCACGAUACCAAUGAAAUAAUGGAAGUAGAAAUUUUGCCAUCUACGAGUGGAUAUAAUUCAAAAAAUAAAGAACGAUCCAACAAAUCCUAUGAUUUACCUUGGAUUGAGAAGUAUCGACCACAAGUAUUUUCAGAUAUUGUUGGCAAUGAAGAUACUAUUGCUCGUUUAUCUGUUUUUGCACAACAUGGAAAUACACCAAAUAUUAUUAUUAGUGGACCACCUGGUGUAGGAAAAACUACAACUAUUUUAUGUUUGGCACGUAUACUUUUAGGUCCAAUUUUUAAAGAUGCAGUAUUAGAAUUAAAUGCAUCUAAUGAAAGAGGGAUUGACGUUGUUAGAAAUAAGAUCAAAAUGUUUGCACAGAAGAAAGUAAAUUUAACUAAAGGAAAACAUAAGAUAAUUAUUUUGGAUGAAGCUGAUAGUAUGACUGAUGGAGCGCAACAAGCUCUUCGUCGUACAAUGGAAAUAUAUAGUAGUACAACUAGAUUUGCAUUGGCAUGUAAUAACAGUGAGAAGAUUAUUGAACCGAUACAAUCACGUUGUGCCAUGUUAAGAUAUGGGAAAUUAAGUGAUGCACAAAUCUUGGCAAAAGUUAUAGAAGUUUGUCAGAAAGAGAAUGUUUCAUAUACAGAUGAUGGUUUAGAAUCUAUAGUAUUUACUGCUCAAGGUGAUAUGAGACAAGCAUUAAAUAACCUACAAUCUACUUACAAUGGAUUUGGUCAUGUAAACGGUACAAAUGUUUUUAAAGUAUGCGACGAACCACAUCCGCUUCUGGUAAAGGAAAUGCUUGAAUUAUGUACACAAGGAAAUAUUUGUAAAGCUUUUACGAUAAUGCAACACUUGUGGAGAUUAGGUUAUUCUGCAGAAGAUAUAAUUGGAAAUAUAUUUCGAGUUUGUAAAAAUCUUCCUAUAGAUGAAAAAUUAAAAUUGGAUAUGAUAAAGGAGAUAGGAAUAACACACUUAGGAAUUGUGAAUGGUAUGAAUAGUUUAUUACAAAUGAAUAGUCUGUUGGCCCGAUUAUGUCAAAAAGCUGUUUCGAAAUAACGAAAAUCCUAAGUUUAAUUGUAUUCAAAUGUAAAAGUAAUAAUGUUAAUACAUGUACGUAUAAUUUUUGAAAUUUGUACAUUUAUACACUGUAGGUAUUUUUAUGUAACAUCCAUAUACAAAAUCACUUUAUUCGAUCAUUUUAAAUUUAACUUAUGAAUAAGAUUACGAAAGAAUGAGAAUGAAACGAAAAUAAUAAUAAUAAAAAAAAAAAAAGAAAAGAAAAGAAAAGAAAAGAAAAAAUAAGGAAAAAAAAAAAAAUCGAACCGUAGGUUUUCGAUUGGUACCUUUAUUUCACGAAGGCUCUACUCGAUGGCGCUGGAGUGCUUUCGCAGUUAGAGCGUGAAGUCAAUCGAAGGUGCCGAUUGUUACAAAACAUAGUUAGAUACAGGCCGGGUUUUUAGCUUAUUAGUGAAAUAUUUAAUCGUGCCGAUUAGUCAUAACGUUUCGUAAAAAUUUUAAUUCGUUUGGCAUAAUAAAAAUACAUAGAUAAAAAUCUAACACUAAUAACAAAGUGUUUAACGUUUGUUAUAUCGAAAGUUAUUAUAAUGACCUGGACUUUUAUACUAAGUGACAAUAUAUAGCGUUUAUUUCGAGGGCAACAUCGAAGAUUUAACAUCCAAACUAUAAUCGUGGUCUUCUCUUGAUUCAAGCAAUACAGG